CUUUACUUGUUCCUGCAGAGACUCCGUAGAGCAAACCUGCUGCUGCUCUGUUUUGAGACAAUUAUCCAGCUGCUCUCACGCUGUAGCGCAAUUACACAACGAGUUGCGAGAGCCUCGGCGAUGGUUUUGACUCAAAGAUGACCGGCAACUCAAGCUUAUGACCGACUGAGAAUCUCACAUUUAGCAGGUCACAUUUGAGCUUCCACACAGGGUGACUCAUGCUUUCUGAUGAGCUUGACUCCAAACCAGAGCUGCUGGUGCAGUUUGUGCAGAACGCAUCCAUCCCGCUGGUGCAGGGAUUGGAGGACUCCGAGUCCAAACACUCCUCCUGCCUGCCUCUGCUGGCUGCAGCUGACAGCUCCCUGUGCAGCCAGCUGGAGCUCACAGACGGAGGCCUGAGCCAUGAGCCUGAGAGUUCUCCCUCCCUGUCGGAGUUUGGGGGGGUGUCACAGCGAAGCCCUUUAGUGGUGCAGACACACAAUCACCCUCGGGCCUCACCCAGCCCCCCACCCAUCCUCCAUGACCUGCAACAGUCAGACAGCACUUCCUACGUCCUGCUGAACCUCGCAAAGGGCAUUACAGCCUCCUCAGAGUCCCUGAUCUUCGCCGCAGAUGGCGCUGGGGAGGAUGACGAUGAAGGGGUCUCAUCGGGGGACUACGGGAUAGAUGGCAGUGCUCCCUGGUAUCUGCGGGUGCAGGAGCUGGCACAUGACAGCCUGAUUGCUGCCACACGGGCACAGCUUGCUAGAGAUGCCAAGGCCAGCCUGGAUGCUAGAACUGCAAGUGUCAGUAACGGCGACCACACACACAGCUUGCCGUCAGACGGGGAGAAGCGGGAGCUGCCGUCGCGGACCAGCCGCCCCGUCUCUAAGCAGAUCCUCCGCUGCUCGUUUGAAGGUUGCUGCAGGACGUUCACCUGGCCAGCUCAUCUCAAAUACCAUCUCAAAACUCACAGGAACGACCGAAUGUUCAGGUGCGGCGCCGAAGGCUGCGGGAAGAGCUUCUACGUGCUGCAGAGGCUGCAGGUUCACAUGAGAACUCACAACGGCGAGAAGCCCUUCAUCUGCAAGGAGAAGAACUGUGGCAAGAAGUUCACCACCGCCGGAAACUUGAAGAACCACAGACGCAUACACACAGGAGAGAAGCCUUUCCUAUGUGAAGCAGAUGGUUGUGGGCGAUCCUUCGCAGAGUAUUCCAGUCUACGGAAACAUAUGCUCGUACAUUCUGGUGAGAAGCCUCAUCACUGCGGGAUCUGUGGGAAGACUUUCUCUCAGUCCGGCAGCAGGAACGUCCACAUGAGGAAGAGACACGGAGAGGAGGGGCUCAGCAAUGAAAGCAGAGAAACAGGUGAGGCUCUGACACAAAGCAGCCUGCUGGAGGCAGACGGCGAGAACGGAGACAGUAUGGUCACCAUGACAACAACGGUGGAACCCAUGAAUCUUCAUCAUGCUAUGCUGAGAUCACCAGGCUCUGCAGACUCGGUGGUAGUUCUCUCUCAGCCACAUGAACUGGUGACCAUGACGACCGAUGGCCAUACAUAUGGAGAAGAUGUGGUGGCGCUGCUCUAGUCUGCCAUCAUGAAGUCUGUCACACACUGCCAAUUUCAGCAGCAUCAGACUGACAGUCAGUGGACUAAACCGACACAUCCAUCUGUAAAUAGAUUAAUCACCGACUUUGACCCCUGUAGAUAUUUGUAAUUAGCAGCCAACGAUGGUUUUAUUUUGACAAGUGUGAAAUGGCAAAGUUUGUACAAACAACUUUUUUCCUCAAGUUUUUGAAAACAAAUACUCCCAAAGAAAUAACUGAGACGGGUUUAAAAGUUUAUGAAAAUAAUGUCCAUUUAUUAUGUGCAUUAUCAUUGUAAACAGACGUCUGUGGUUGAUAUUCAGUGAUAUUCUCUCUGGAAAAUGAAUGCCACUUAUUUUUAUCCAAAACUUCGAUGGCUCUUAUGAUCAACUGUCAAAAUGUACCAGACACAUGUAUACCCCCUUUAUAACAUUACUAAAAACACAGCAUGGAAAACUGCUAAAGCACAGUAUAUCCCAUUGCUGCAUGUAAACACUGGUCAUUCCCAGCUGAGGCCACUUUGUUUAUCAGCCUGAGUAAAACACAAAAACAUCCAUCUCAAACAAAUAGUGCAUCCAGUAACGCCCAAAACUGCAUUAAGGAUCAGUGUGUAAGGUUUAGUGGCAUCUAGUGGACUGGACUUGGCAUAAAUCAAAUAUAAUAUUCAUAAGUAUGUUUUAAUUAAUGUAUAA